AUGUCAGGUGCCGCUGCUGCCUCUGCUGCAGGUUAUGAUAGACACAUUACCAUUUUUUCUCCAGAAGGUCGUUUAUAUCAAGUCGAAUAUGCCUUUAAAGCUUGCAAUCAAACUAACAUUAAUUCCAUUGCUAUCAGAGGUAACAAAUGUGCAGUAAUUGUUAAUCAAAAGAAAGUUCCAGAUAAGCUAUUAGACCCAUCUACCGUUUCAUAUAUAUUCCCUAUUUCCAAGACAAUUGGUUUGGUAGCUAAUGGACCAAUCCCAGAUGCUAAGAAUGCUGCCACAAAAGCUAAAACUGAAACUGCUGAAUAUAGAUAUAAGUAUGGUUAUGAUAUGCCCUGUGACGUUCUUGCGAAAAGAAUGGCUAAUAUUGCUCAAAUCUAUACACAAAGAGCUUAUAUGAGACCAUUAGGUGUCAUACUCACUUUUAUUUCUUAUGAUGAAGAAUUAGGUCCAUCAAUUUAUAAGACUGAUCCAGCCGGUUAUUAUGUUGGUUAUAAAGCAACCGCCACUGGUCCAAAACAACAAGAAAUAAAUACUGGUUUGGAAAACUGGUUCAAGAAAAAUGAUGUUAAAGAAAAGAUUAAUGAAGAUGCUUGGGAAAAGGUUGUUGAAUUUGCCAUCACACAAUUAAUCGAUUCUCUAGGAACUGAGUUUUCAAAGAGAGAUAUUGAAGUUGGUGUUGCUAUUGAGGGUGAAUUUUUUAAAUUAGCUGAAGAACAAAUUGAAGAAAGAUUAGUUGCAAUUGCCGAACAAGAUUAA